GCUGCGCGCGGAGGGGUCGGCGGAGAGCAGAGGGGUGCAUCGCAGGGGCACCCGCGAGCAAGGGCCCGGGGUCCGACGAGCCGACGGCGCCCCUCGGAGUCUUGCUGAGAGGACUACAGAAUGGUACUACUAAAUGGAAAGAGACUACAGGGCUGAUCAGAGAGGAUGGGAAACAAGGAAGCCUUCUGAAGGAGGUCCCAUGUGAGGUGAGCAGGGCAGGGGUGAUUAUCCCAUCUCAGAGAUGAGUUCCAGAGGAAAUAAAUACAGUGCUCAAGGUCACACAGCCAAGCAUACCACCAAGAUCGGAACCAUGAAAGGCACACUUGAAAGGCAGAGCACAGGCUGGGCGACUGGGAGUUGGACUGUGUGUUCAGUGAGUGGGUGUGUGGCCACACCCUGCACUGGGCCUUCCCAGCUUCCGAAGUCAAUACUGAGACCCCGGAUGUAUCCAGAGGCAUCCUGAAGAGGCUGAGGGGCUGAGAAGCCUAAGGGCGCCCACAGAGAUUCCUGAAGCCGACUUAGCGCCAGCGAAUUGGCCUGCUGUCUGAGCAUUCUUCGAUUCUUCCCUUGCCUCAAUCCCUGUUGCUAUGGAGACCGCCAAUGGGACUCAGACCUGGUAUGAAAGCCUGCACACUGUGCUGAAGGCUCUAAAUGCCACUCUUCACAGCAACUUGCUCUGUCGGCCGGAGCCAGACAACCUGACGCAGCAGCGGCGGCCCAGCCUACCUGGCCGUGAUGACAACUCCUACAUGUACAUUCUCUUUGUCAUGUUCCUAUUUGCUGUUACUGUGGGCAGCCUCGUCCUGGGAUACACCCGCUCCCGCAAAGUGGACAAGCGCAGUGACCCCUAUCAUGUGUACAUCAAGAACCGUGUGUCUAUGAUCUGAGGCUAGGGGCCCCAGAUGGCCGAAGAUCGAGACACCUGAGGAUUGUCUCCUGGGGCCUCCAGAACUCAGCCAUGGACCACAUCAGGCCUCAAUGUUCCUGUCUGUAAGAUCAACAAGAAACAGUGCUAAGGGAGAUCAUCUUUGGGUUGGGAGGAGAGGGGCAGACCUGGGCCUUAUGGAUAAGGAUUUUUUUUGCAAAGGCUCCUGAGAGCCUCAUGAACAAAUAUACAGAAGUAGCAAAAGAUAAUAACCAAUGAUUGGUCCCAUGGCUGGAGUACUGGGGGCUGAGGACUAGGGGCGAAAGAAGGAGAAGAAGUUGUAGCAGAGGGAAAUGAAACAGGAAGAUGCACUGGGGACACAUUUUUUUGUGUGUUAUCUUCAACGACCAUGAAAAGCAGCGAUGAUUAUCGCGUAUCACAGAGGGAAAUCUGAGUAAUGUUACUUAUUUCUAUUUGUUCACAUUUUAUGUUUUUCAUCUCAUUUAACAUUUGUGGUUUUACCCCCCUACGAGGGAAGCAGGGCAAGUGCCAUUCUGCCCAUUUCCCAGAGUGGUGCCCUGACUGGAACCCAGGAACCAUGGUCUCCUUGCCUAGUGCUUCUCAAAACUCUGUGCCACACAGGAGUGGAUCCAGGCCUGAAACUUCUACAAUUCUGGGGGCCUCCUUAAGAGAAAGAGUUCAAAAAUAUCUUACUUUUGCAAAUAUUACAAAAACAUUACCAUGUUAACAUAUAGCUGGGGCCCCACCUAAGACCCUAAGAAGGAUCCUUGCAAGUGCAGGGCCCUGAAUGUUAAGCCUCUGUAGCUCCAUGGUUCGUGUUCCUCUCCAGACAUGUCACAGUGCUCUUCUCAGCCACAUCUCCAGUCAUGAGGACUUCACCACCUCUAACACAGCCUCUUCCGAUUUGAUUGAGUUCUGUGAGAAAUUUUCUGAUACCAAGUUGAAAUCUGCUUCUAGAAGAUUAUUGUCACACCUAGAAGAUUAUCAUAUUAAGAGAAGCAGAGUGUGAAAGGCAGGUACCUGGUUCAGUGGAAAGAGAACCAGCCUUGAUUCUACCACUAAUGUGGUACAUGAACUGGCUAGUCACAUCUCUCUCUGAUCCUUUUCCCUCCUCAGCACAAUGAAAUAGUUAGACUUGAAAGUCUCCAAGGGCUCUACCAGUUCUGACAUUCAGGGCUUCACAUACGUUAGGUUGAACCAUAUUAAAUCGCUGUGCUUAUAGGACAAAAGCAGCUGAAUAUCAGUAGUUUCAUAUGGUUCAAUCUAAUACACGCAAUGUGGCAGGUGAAUUCUUUACAAGCUACAAAUCCCAGGCUGGAACCUCCCCCUGUUUUGUUUGGUUUCUCUUUAAGGGAUCUCCAUGGGGUCUCCAGAAGGCCCUGAAACAUACGUAUCUGUGUAUAGCAAAAACUCUGAAAAAUAUUUUGAUAGCAAUUAUCUCUGAGGAGAAGGAUUAUGGGUAAUUUUCCCUUUCUACUUAAAAAAUUUAUGUAAUAUUUGAUUUAUUUGACCAUGAGUAUGUUACUUGUAUAAUAAGGAGGGGAAAGCUACUUCCACUUUGAAAAAAUAAAAAUGAAUGCCUCUGUCUUUCUUGAAUGGAGGAUCACAAGCACAUUUGCUCCCAUGUGCAGUUAGUUAUGUUGACUCCCUGCAAAUCCGUGCUGAGCCCCAUGUCUGCUCAAGCCUUUCCUCAUCUCUUCUUGAGGAAGAAAGUGGAGACCGGCUUAAGAAGAUGUGACAUAGGGAAAGGCAACAGAUUCGGAAGUCGACAGCUGGAUGGGACAUUAGAGACCACCCAGCCCAAACUACCAAAUAAAAUAUGAAAUGCAAUCAAGUGUAAUUUGAAUGGUCAGGUGAUGGAUGUGAUAAGGGUUUGGGAAAUGAGAUUGAGUAGAUCUAGAGGAGUCAG